AUAUCACGACUCAUUUGCAAUUUAAUACAGCCAAGCGGUCGGAGCCAAGGAGUUGAGCAAUCCAGCUAACUUCUCCGUCUGAAGUCUGAAACCAGCUCUUUGAGACCAAAUCUUGCUUCAGAAUCUCAUCAAUGGCGAAUUUUGGUACUUACCAAGAGUCAUGUCCUUCGAUAAAAAACAUUCUUCUUCUGGAUUCGGAAGGUAGACGGGUCGCUGUUAAGUAUUACUCAGAUGACUGGCCCACACUAAAUGCAAAGUUGGCUUUUGAGAAAUCAGUGUUUACUAAAACACAGAAGACAAAUGCCCGGACUGAAGCGGAAAUAGCAAUGCUUGAUAAUCACAUCAUUGUCUAUAAGUUCGUUCAAGACCUACACUUCUUUGUUACUGGAGGUGAUGAUGAAAAUGAGCUCAUCUUAGCCACAGUACUUCAGGGAUUUUUUGAUGCUGUUGCCCUCCUCCUCAGAAGCAAUGUAGACAAAAGGGAAGCACUAGAGAACUUGGAUCUCAUUCUUUUAUGCCUUGAUGAGAUUGUUGAUGGAGGUAUGGUUCUUGAGACCGAUGCAAAUGUUAUCGCAGGAAAAGUCGCAUCCCAUAGCAUGGAUGCUGGUGCACCCUUGUCAGAGCAGACUAUAUCUCAAGCACUAGCCACUGCUCGUGAACAUUUAACAAGAUCCCUUCUCAAGUGAGACUUGCAAGCAGGAAAGACAAAGAUUAGGCCUGUUUGGCUGUUUGCCUCUAAGAUUUCCUUGGGGGUAGGGCAGGAUGCUUGGUUUUUACUUCGAUCUUAUAUUCCUCCAUUCUUUUGAGGACAAUUUUAUUCAGGCUAUCAAGGGGAUAUUUUUUUCUUUGGUUUUUUUUGUUUUUUUGGGGGGGGGGGGUGGCGGGGUGGGGUGGUGGAUCUUAUUAUAUAAGCUCAUUAGGUUGCAUGUACCCUUUUGUAACAUGCUAUGACAUAUUGAUUGAUUUUGGUACAGUUCAUUAACAGAUGACUUGCAAAAUUUCUCAAAGUAUUCAAAACA